ACAAGCGCAUGCGCCUGAAGGGAUUGGGAUCCACAGCCCACGCACUUAGACUAGACUAGAAAACAAACAAGGCCUAGAGGCCCACGACGGUGGCCGCCCUGGUUCUAGAUUGUCUCAGGAAACUUCGCUUUUUGCUGCUAUUCUGGGUCUCUUUCUUGAACCUAAGGGAGAAACCCGGACCUUGGGGAAAGUCACUCCCUCGCUCUGUCUCAGUUUCCCCAUCUGUAAAAUGAGGGCCUUUCCAGCCAGCCCUGUAUCUGUAGUCAGAGGCAGCCAGAGGCCCAAGGAGAAGAUGGGGCAAUCCAGACAUCACCAGGCCUCCCCAACUCGGGAGGCCCCAAUUCUAGCUGGGGGAAAUCAGGGCAGAGACGGGGCAGCGGGAAGCCGGGAGUCCCCGAGGACCUGAAAACGAGGAGACUGGGGAGUUCGGGCUCGAUACCCCAGUACUUGGGUCCUGGAGGAUGAAGGUCGGAGGUCCCACGAUUACAGAAGCCAGAGGGAUGGAGCUCGGGCUGCUCUGGCCUCCUUCCCCGGACCUUUACUCUGCGCGUUCCGCCCACCCCAAGCCUAAGACCUCCCAGCCACGGCUUACACGGAGAGGCUGCCCUCCCCUGCCAGGCCUGAGAAGGACGCGCUAGAAUCAUGCCCAAUGCCAGAGAAUGGGAGUCAGCCUGCUCCCGGCAGCCUCAGGGCUGGGCCUGGGCCCACUCCUAGCCUCAGUUCCCUCUUUUCCAAGCUGGGGGUCCACCGGAGUUGGCAGGGCGAGGCUGAGGUUCUACCUCCCCGCAGGCCCCAGCUUCUGCGUCCCAGCCCCUUUAAGGUCCCACCCGCCCCUCGCCGAUCCGGACCACGCCCGGGGGGCGGAGCGGCCCCUCCCCUGCCUCCGGUCCUGGGGCUGCCCUUGGGCGACUUCAGAGUCCGCACGAUGGGGCCCGGGCUGCUGCUGCGCGUGCGCGGGCUGCUAGGGGCUCCCCGGCUGAGCCUGGGGUCCGGGGCCAGGGCGCUCAGCGAGCGGGGAAAUGGCCUCCUGUUGCGCCAGCUCUUCGAACCCCAGAGCUGUACCUACACUUACCUGUUGGCGGACCAGGCUGCCCGGGAAGCCCUGCUCAUCGACCCGGUGCUGGAGACGGCCUCCAGGGAUGCCCGGCUAGUGCAGGAGCUGGGCCUGCGCCUCCUCUAUGCCGUCAACACCCACUGCCAUGCGGACCAUGUCACCGGCUCCGGCGUCCUCCGCUCCCUCUUUCCGGGGUGCAAAUCUGUCAUCUCCCGCCUCAGCGGGGCCAAGGCUGACCUGCUCAUCGAGGAGGGGGACGUGCUCACCUUUGGGCGCUUUGCUCUGGAGACACUGGCCAGCCCGGGCCACACCGACGGCUGCCUGACUUUUGUCCUGAGUGACCACAGCGCCGCCUUCACUGGGGACGCCCUGCUCAUCCGGGGCUGCGGCCGCACAGACUUCCAGCAAGGCUGUGCCAAGACCCUGUACCACUCCGUGCACCAGAAGAUCUUCACCCUUCCCGGGGACUGCCUCAUCUACCCUGCGCAUGACUACCUAGGGCAGACGGUGUCCACUGUGGAAGAAGAGCGGACCCUGAACCCGCGCCUCACCCUCAGCUGCCAGGACUUCGUCAGGGUCAUGAACAACCUCAACCUGCCCAGGCCGCAGCAGAUGGGUGAGAAGCGCCUGGGUCCCUGCGGGAGCGGCCGAGCCCCAGGGAGAGGCCUCCGUCUCACUCUCUCUCUCUCCCUCCCCAGACGUGGCCAUCCCGGCCAACAUGCGCUGCGGGGUUCAGGAGCCGUCGUCGGGCUGACCGCCUGCAGGGCCCCAGGAGCCCGCCUUCCCUCAUUUCCGUUAAUAAAAGCUUCUUUUGCCUUAACUUGGCUGCCCUCCUCCGGCCUCUUCUUUCUUGGCCUCCCCAGGCCCAGCCUGUCCCCCCAGACGUCGAGCCUGGGUUACCCUCUGGGCCAGACGCCGGGCCAUCCGUCCCUGGCUUUAAGGCCGAAGGCUUAUUUAUGGCACCAGGGCUGAAGGGGG